AUGAGAAUGGCAGCAGUAAGGUCUCCCCUUGCCCGCGUAGCGGUAUUCUUCCUCUGCCUCUCCCUUGUUAUCGUCCAAGGGUACGUCGUGCGAGAAGAGAGCCCCCACAACCUGGGCAAGGAGAAGGUCACCCAACUCCACUUCUUCUUUCAUGACACUGUCACCGGUAAGAACCCCACCGGCGCCCUCGUCGCAAAGCCCAACGGCACUUUCCCCUUCAACUUCGGCUCCCUUAUCGUUAUCGACGAUGUCCUGACGACCGGCGUGGACCGCGCCUCCAAGGUUAUUGGCAACGCCCAGGGCUUUUACGCGUUAACUGGCCUUACUGAGCUCUCAUUAGUCCUGGCGGUGGAUUUCGGGUUCACCACCGGGAAGUACAAUGGGAGCUCCUUCAGCGUGAUGUCCAGGAACCCCAUCACAAGCCAGACGAGGGAGCUGGCGGUUGUUGGCGGGAGGGGCCAAUUCCGCAUGGCCCGCGGUGUCGCCUUCCUCACCACGCGCGUCCUUAGAGGUAUCAAUGCCAUCGUCGAGUACAACGUUACGCUCCUGCACUACUAA